AUGAAUGAGCGUACAUUUUCGAACUCAGAUUUAGUCACCUCUAUCACUUUCAUUGGCGCAUCCGAUGCUAAAAUUGUGUUUAAAGAGUUUGUAACCCUUUGGUGGAGAUCUCUAUCCAGCUGUGAUAAUUGGAGUUUUCUCUCCUUGGAAUUUGCAAACAAGAGAAGAAGAAUUGUUAGAAAGGAAAUAAGAAUCAAACUUUUUCUUGAGACUAUCUUGUGGUUCGAGCCUAUUGAAACUCAACAAAAACGCGAUUUUUUAUGGACGCGUUCAGAAGUCGUGUUCACACAAGCACUGUGGACUAGCUGUUAUUCGUUGGUUGACGAGUCACCCCGAGAUGUCAUCGAAAGGCCCGACCGUAUCAGCUUGUUCAUGCAAGCAUUGUGGACUAGCAGUUAUUCGUUGAUUGAUGAGUCAUUCCGGGAUGGCUUCGAAAGCCCUAAAUCUUUGCCCGCAUUGAGCUUAAUUUACAUGCAUAUGUUAUAUGUAGGUGGUAUGGAUGUGACAUUAGAUAAUAAAAUUUUUUCCUGGUGCGAAUCUAAUGUCAGUGGAACUUCUGUCUUAUCCAACAUGAUGAGCGAAAGGUUUAUCCUAACUUCGCCACCCGAGCGUAUGGAGGGAGAGAAUAUAGGAAUCCAACAGAUGAAAGUCAAUUAA